UGCAUUCCACACCUUCUCUUGAAAACGGCUGUGUGAGAGAGAGAGAGCUGGGGAGGGGGUUGGUUCCCUCCAGCAAGCAGAAAAGGGCCUCCAAGCAGGAGUUGGAAGUUCUGGCUUGAAGGACGUCUACAAGAAGGUCCAACCUGCGAGAAGAAGAUCCAUGAGAAACCGUUACGCCCGAGUGAGAAAGACUAUAAAAGUUGACUUUGGCUUCCUGCGGUUCUCGAACGAGUGAACUUCCUGUGUCAAGCAGCCUUUUGACCUCCAUUUUAUGGCGUCUGCCUUUGAGGAAGCACCGGUGGUGGGGUUCCUCUUCUUCAUUGCUGGGGUGUCGCUGCUCUCUGCCUGCUUUGUGGCUCUCUGCGUAGCAUGCAAAAGGUGUGAGAGACAAACAAAGGUCUUUGGAAAGGGGAAAAUAUACCACGUGGACUUGGCUGUGCCAGGACCGAUGGUACCCUUGGCAUUUGGAGGCUCACUGCCCAACCUGCAGCAGGACGGUGGGAGUGAUCCGGGGGAUGCCAGCAUCGCACCAGCCCUGCUGACUCUUCCUCGCCUGUCGGAUAAAGACGUUGACACGGUGGGCAGCUGCAGCUUCCACUUCCUUCCUCAAAGGGACCUGCCCAACGUCUCGCUUUCUCCAGAGGUGACCUACUCCAACCUCAGCUUCCCAAAACGAGGGGAGGUGACGCUGUUCGAAUCCCAGAGAGUGGAAGGAGAAGAAAACCAGAACAGUCAUCCUGCGGCUGAUAAGAUGGUGGAGAACGUCCAGGCAGGUGGACCCAGCUAUGCGUGUGUUGCGAAGAAGAAGAAGGAGAAAAAGAAGGCGACCAAUGGCAAACAAACCUGGAUGGAGAUGGAUAAACCACAAGAGAUGGAUAAACCUCCUCUCACCGGCACGGCGUUACCUCCGCCAACAAAAGAGAUAGAAGAAAUGUACUCGGUGGUGUGCAAAAAGAAAAAGAAGAAGAAAACCCAUCACUCCGAAGGGGCCGGCGAAGAGACAGCCCCGCAAGCAAAGGGGAUUCCUGCUCAUUGCCAGGAGAGGAUGGUCAGUCAGGAAUCCAACGGCAUUGCAAGUUACCAGUCCUCAUCGGCCCCUACCGCCACGGAGCCUUAUUAUGAGUCUGUGCCAUGUGAACCCCGGGCCAAGGUUGCAAGCCAGCCAGUAGCCGAGCCGGCUUAUGAGUCUGUGGACACUUACUGCAAAGAGGUGAAGAGGAAAUGGAAGGCCCCAAAGAACAAAAUGGCUCCUGAAAAUUUGUAUGAAAGCAUCGACCGAGUAGCCAUUCAGGGCCAAGACUGAGGCAGAACCUCACAACUGGAAAGCUGACUCUGCGUGGCCAUUUCUCGGGUCCAAGGGCCUGAGUUCCAACCGGUAAAUACAGAGAGUCCUCAACUUACAACCAACCGAUCAAUCAAUCAAUCAAUCAAUCAGAAUAUAGGUAGUCCUCGACCACAAUUGGCCCCAAAUUAACGUUGCUAAACGAGACAUUUGUCAAGGGACUUUUCUGACCUGCCUCCCCGCAGUUGUUAAGUGAAU